AUGGCUGGAAGGAAUGACGCUGCUAUAGCUACUGCUUUGGAAGCAAUGGCUCAGGCUUUGGAGAAUCAAUCGAAUGGUGGUGAGAAUGUUGCUUCUCGCAGUUUGGCUACCUUCCAAAGAGAGAACCCUCGUGUGUUUAAGGGGACUCAUGAUCCUGAUGGCACAUUGACAUGGCUAAAGGAGAUAGAGAGAAUCUUCUAUAUUAAGAAGGCAAUUAGUUACCAGAAGAUUCGUAUCUUUGCUGAUUUGGUCGAUUGUUGUCGAAUUUAUGAGGAAGACAACAAUGCUCAUUACCGUGUUAUUAAUGAGAAGAGGGGCAAGAGUCAACAAGGCCGUGGCAAGCCUUAUGAAGCUCUGAGUGACAAUGGUAAAAAGAAAGCUAAUGAGGGCAAGAGAUCUAGUGGGGGAGACGCUCCUGCUGGUAUUGUGUGCUUCAAGUGUGGCAAGGUUGGUCACAAGAGCACCGUGUGUACUGCUGGUACCAAGAGAUGUUUCCGUUGUGGUAAGAUUGGACAUGAGGCGUCUGAAUGCAAGCAUAAUGGGAUGGUUUGUUUUAACUAUGGGGAAGAAGGACAUAUUGGAAGCAAGUGUCAGAAACCCAAGAAGGAGAAAUCUAGUGGAAAGGUAUUGGGUCUUGUGUUGUCUGCUAUGGACGGAGAGAUGGUCAUCGAUACUCCGGCUAAGGGUUCAGUGACCACUUCUCUUGUGUGUUUAAAGUGUCCCGUGUCGAUUUUCGACAAAGACUUUCUUAUUUAUUCCGUUUGCUUGUCGUUGAGAGGAUUGGAUGUGAUCUUGGGGAUGAACUGGUUAGAGCAUAACCAUGUUCACAUUAAUUGCUAUGAUAAGUCGGUGUUUGCUUUUGUUGCUUUUAUGUCUGUCGAGAAUCAAGCGAUCAUUGAAGAGUUGAAGGUGGUGUGUAAAUUUCCUGAAUUUUUCCCUGGUGAAAUUCCCGAUGUACCGCCUGAGAGAGAAGUGGAGUUCUCUAUUGAUCUUGUACAUAGUACUAUACCUGUGUCUAUGGCACCGUAUAGGAUGUCUGCAUCAGAGUUAUCGGAAUUGAAGGAGCAAUUGUAA